AUGCCCAUGCGCGAACCCACCCCAUCCGACGAGAGCGAAUCCGACGUAUCAGAAGACGAUGUCUCGGACGAAGAGGAAGAAGAAGCGCAACCCAUCUCGAACGCCUAUGCGACUCUGCUGCAGUCUUUCUCGUCGCGCAGCACUGGCUCGGAAGAGCAUCGCAAGAAGAGGCGGAAGCUGGAGCACGACGAGCCUGAACAGGAGGUCGAGUUGGAUGACGACGCUGAAUCGACCACCCUGGAAGGCGACGAGGCGGAGGACGAGCAGGCAGAGGUUGAUCAUGAAGAAGACGUGGACGAUGAAGACCAGGAAGAGCAGGAGCUCGAGCAGGCCUACCAGAAACACUUUGCGAACCCCGACGAGAACGAACUAGCCACGCGACUCAAGCGGAUAGCAGCCAACCAGUGGACAUCACAGAAGCUGGAUCGAGCGUCCGGAAAGGGCGUCGGCAUACUCCAGGUUCCCAGCGACGAGGUCAAGCCGAACCGGAAGCUGCGAAGCGUACGCGACGUCCAGUUGAAAGCGCGACUUGUUGAAAACGCACAGAAGAAGGUCGGCGCUUUCGAUGAGCUCGAACAAGCCAUCGCACCCUCCAUAUUCGGCUACCAAGACCUACUCUUCGGCGCAAGAACAGUUCAAAACGCCAGCCGUCUCCGCGACAUAACCUGUCUGCACGCCCUCAACCACAUCCUCACGACCCGCGACCGCGUCCUCAAAAACAACGCCAAACUAUCCACAUCCAAAGACUCCUCCGACCCCUCCAUCGAAUACCGCGACCAAGGUUUCACACGUCCCAAGAUCCUCUUUCUCCUCGAGACGAAACAAGCCUGCGUCCGCGUCCUCGACUCCCUAACCUCCCUCCACACCUUCGAGCAACAAGAAAACAAAAAACGCUUCCUAGACUCCUUCUCCUUACCCGAAGAAAAAUUCUCACCGGACCGCCCCGCCGACUUCCGCGAACUCUUCGAAGGAAACGACGACAAUGAAUUCCGCAUCGGCGUAAAACUUACGCGGAAAACGCUCAAAUUCUACUCCACAUUCUACAACUCAGACAUCAUCUUCGCCUCCACCCUCGGUCUGCGGCGCGCCAUCGAGACCGGCGACCCCAAGAAACGCGAUUCGGAUUUCCUCUCCUCCAUCGAAAUGGUGAUUAUGGAACAAGCCGACGCCGCCUUGAUGCAAAAUUGGGAACACGCAGAAUACGUGUUCGAGCACUUGAAUCUCCAACCGAAAGAUGCGCAUGGCUGCGACUUUUCGCGCGUGAGGAGUUGGUAUUUAGAUGGGCAUGCGCCGGUGUUCAGGCAGACGAUCAUCCUUUCCGCAUUCCUAACACCAAAGAUAAACACCCUGUUUAACAAACACAUGCGCAACUACGCCGGCCGCCUGAAAUACACUCCGGACCACACAGCCGGACUUAUCGAGUCACUGUCCUGGGGUAUAAAACAGACGUUCACGAGGUUCGACUCCCCAUCGCACCUCACGGACCCGGAUGCACGGUUUAAAUUCUUCACGAACUCGGUCCUGCCGGGUAUUAGUCGGUUACCUAAAAGCCCAGAUGGCGGGUUGGGUGUGUUGGUGUUCAUACCUUCCUACCUAGAUUUCGUCCGCGUCCGCAACUCCCUCGUCGAUUCAGAUAUCGCAUACGCAUCUAUUAGCGAGUACACCGAUGCCACCGAUGUCCGCAAGGCACGUAGUCAUUUCAUGAAUGGCAAGCAUUCCCUCCUCCUCUACACCGGCCGCGCCCACCAUUUCCACCGCUACAAUAUUAGGGGUGUGAAGCGCGUAGUAUUCUACGGUGUGCCUGAAAACCCGGUGUUCUACGACGAGGUUGUGGGAUUCGUGGGGAAGAGCAUUGAGAGGGCGGAGAUCAGUCGCGCGGAAGCGAGUGUCAAGGUGUGUUUUUCGCGGUGGGAGAGGAUGGAGUUGGAGAGGAUUGUGGGGGGGAAGAGGGUGGGGAGGAUGGUGGGGGAUAAGGGGGAUGUUUUUGAUUUUGUGUAG